AUGGAAAAUUAUGUGGUCUUAGACGCCAUGUGCCCAAGGUCCACCGGUACAACUCUUUUUGUAGAGGACAGAGGCUCUGGCUCGGAACGCACGUUAAAAAAGGUCGAAUGCCUGGAUGAAGGAGCAGCCAAUCAAGCUCUGCAGGAGGCACUUUGUUUGCUUCAGCUGAGUCACUCAAACAUUGUCAAAUACAGAGAAAUGUUCAUAUCCUGGGACAAAAGUAUCUCCUCAGUAAUACUUUCCAUGGUGAUGGAUUGUCCUUACACAACAACUCUGAGUGAUGCCAUCUGUUACCAUAGGGAGCAGAGACAGACGUUUGAUAACAAGGUCAUCCAGUUGUUCCUAGGACAGAUGGUGGAUGCUCUUACCUACCUACACAGGCACAAUAUUGUUCACAGAAAUCUGAAACCGUCGAACGUCUUGAUGGAUGAAGGGCCGUCGUUUCGCAUGUUUGAUUUCGGGACUGCGUCGAUUCUCGAAGACAGGCUUGAGACGCUAAAAUGGAUUAAGUGCUCAGAGCUGGCCAAUGCGUGCAUGGCUCCAGAGAGUGUGACCCAGCGACAGUGGACUGAGAAGACUGAUGUUUGGUCUCUGGGCUGCAUUCUGUUGGACAUGCUCACCUGUCACGUGGUUGACGUGGAGACCUCACAGAAUCAGCUCUUUCAGAUUAAAGAGAGUCUGAGCACGCUGAAUAUCGUCACAUCCAAAGACUUUCACCUGCUCCUUACCAUGAUGUUUGACCCAAACCCCCAAACCAGGAUCAAUGUUUGGGAACUUGUGAAUGAGGAUGUUGUGAAACAGUGUCUUACCAUCUGUGGCUCCACUCUGCAUGUGGUGAAGAAGAGUCUUCCACCAGGGGUUGCUGGACCUCCAUUCACUGAGGGGUUUGACAAAGUUCUCGAGUUCAUGCAGAUUCACAGUUAUGUCCAGAGUGUUCAGAAUUCUGUCCUGUCCUAUCUGCUGGAGGAAGAGAAGAAAGUGUUGGACAGGGCCAGUGAUGUGGUGAAGUCUGUGUCGUCUGCUAUGCUGAAUCAUCUGGACUGUGCAGAGAUCCAGCUGAAAUCCUGCCAGCUAUUACAGCGAUGUUUACCAGCAGGUAAGUCAAUAGAAACAUAUCCCACGCACACAGAUCUGCUAACUCGUACCUUUCAAAUCCUCAACCUCAUCUCAGGGGAUGAGGAGACAGCUGAAGAAAUUGUGGAACAAGGCGGAGUCCAGGAGGUGGUGAAGACACUAAAGGCAUAUCCAGAGAAUGCAGAGAUGGCCAACCUCUGUUUGAAGUGCCUCAAGAAUGCUCUGACACAAGGUGGCAGUGCCAUUGAAUCGGUCGGAGGUGUUGUUGAGACAGUGUGUUUGGUUGGAGAGACUCACCUGCAGAAUGAGGCUGUGACUGAGCGUGUGUGUGCCGUGCUUAAGUCCUUGACCAGACUAGGUUUGUCUGAAGAUAAACACAUUGAGGAUUCUGUCUUCGUCUUGAUGCACUCUCUGAGUAUUCAUGCAAGCCAAAGCCGUAUAAUGAAUGACAUCUUCAUAGCCCUGGCCAGCCUGGUCAGUGUAUCAGCACUGGCUGCUCGCAGACUCCUCUUCACCUCUAGUGGAGGAAGUGGCAUAGCUCUUCUCAAGGAGGCCAGACUGAAACAUCCUGGAGAUCCAGAAGUUUCUGAGAACGUGUGCAGACUGUGGGAUAUGUUGACACAGUAUGAUGAUAUGAUUCCAGAAUUGCUUGUCGAGAAUGUAGAAGAGGAUCUGAGCCAGCUGCUGACAGAGUUUGCAUUAAAUAAGGAAAUUACUCGGUUGACACAACAGACUAUAUUGCGACUGAAGAGCCUUGAUGAUGAAGAGACAACCAUCUCUGCUUGA